AUGGCACCUCCCACCAUAAUUGCCCCCUCCAUCCUCUCUGCCGACUUCGCCGCCCUAGGCCCCGACUGCGCGCGCACCAUCACAGAAUACAAUGCCGAUUGGCUACACGUGGACAUCAUGGACGGCCACUUCGUGCCCAACAUCACCUUCGGCGCCCCCGUCGUCUCCUCCAUCCGCAAGCACGUCGACCGUCCCUCCCAACCGUCGUCGAAAGGCCAGUCCUUGAAGCGCGGCGCAUUUGACUGCCACAUGAUGAUCAGCGAGCCACACCGAUGGGCCAAGACGUUCAGAGACGCUGGGUGUGAUCUAUACUGCUUUCACUGGGAGGCGGCGCAGGGGAGCACGGCGGAGGAGCCCGGCGUGGACGGCAGGAAGAAGACGAGUCCGAGGGAGUUGGUCAGGUAUGUACAUGAGCUGGGGAUGCAGUGCGGUGUGGCGAUCAAGCCGAAGACGGAGGCGGCGGUACUGUGGGACUUGUUGGACGCGGAGGAUGAGAGGGAUAGGCCAGAUAUGGUGUUGGUCAUGACGGUGGAACCAGGGUUCGGCGGCCAGAAGUUCAUGGCUGACAUGAUGCCGAAGGUGCAGGAGAUUCGGAAACGGUAUCCCGACCUGAAUAUCGAGGUUGAUGGCGGUCUAGGAGUCGGGACAAUCGGGACUGCGGCGGAAGCCGGCGCGAAUGUCAUAGUCGCUGGCAGCGCUGUGUUUGGCGCGAAAGAUCCCAAAGAGGUGGUGAGCGUGCUGAGAGAGACGGUUGAGAAGGCCGGGUUCGUGCAAGGUCGGUUAUGA